AUGAGCACGGCGGACUCUGACGACAGAAGCGGACGCUGGUCUGGAGCUGCUCCUCUUCCUCUUACCGUUACUUCUUCUGCCUCUGCUUCAGCUUCUGACCCACGGGACGCCUGCUGCACGGCCACCCAAAACCGACACUCUACCCCUGGAUCAGGGCUGCAUCCAUUCCUCCCUGCCACAACCCCAGCUUCGACGACGACCUCGACUCCACGAUUUGCCAUCCAAAACAAACAUACAUUGCCUCCCAUGGCGACAGGAAUCACUGCUUCUUCGACUUCCCAUAUCUUUCAUCGACAGUCGGCCGGCAUGUAUCACAGCAAUCAGCCGCAAUACAACAACUACUCUCCUCCCACCCUCCAUCAGCCAGCACCGCCGCCGCCGUCGUCGUCCAGGUCGUCCGCCGAUGUCUCUCCUUCGACUCGCCCGCAUCGACAGCUCGAUGUUCCAACCACUCACUCUACCAGCGUAAAGUCGCUUCCCUCCAUCCACGAAGCCCUCGGCAAGAGCAAUCCGCUACCGUACCCUCACCCUCCCCAGUCGUCCGUAUGCGGUCCCUCGCAAUCGUCCGGACUGCCUGCGUCUUCGUCCAGUCUCAUUCCCGGUCCAAGUGCAGAAGGUCCCAGUGGACCGUCUAACCCGUUCUCCUCUACCAAUUCAUCGGCCGCCCCGUCGUUACGGGACACCCUUCUCAACUCGCAACACCCACACCAUCAGUCCGCUCCAUCCCAAUCCGAAGGCUCGAUAAGGUCCCAGGAUUCACAAAACCGCUCCAUACACUCGAUCGGGUCCGAGAAAUCGGUUUCCAGAGGUUCAGUGCCCGAGAGGACGUCCAUAUGUACUUCCCAUGCGCCUGGGUUUGAUAUGUUAUCUACAACUACCACCGCCAUGUCUUCGCCAACCAGCUAUGUAUCGCCGGUGAGCUACAACCAGCCACAGUACCCAUCGCACCGAGCUGUCCCUCCUUCGCAGACGUUUCCCCCUCCUUCGUUUGAGAACAGAUCGUCGCAUUCUACGUGGAAUUUUGGCGCUUCUGAUCACACGCCAAUGGACGGGGUCAAGUCAAUGCAGAGGAGCAAUGGGAUUUCCCCGUACAGCGAUGCUGUCAAACGACACCUCGACGAUUACGAUGUCCGCGCAUCGCUAAACGAGGUCCGAGACACCAGCUCCCGUACCCUAGAUUUACUUCGACCACAUUCCCAACGCCCGCCAUCGACUAGGCCAGAGUCAAUCGACUCGUUACCCUCGCUAGCUGAAAUCGACGAAUUGCUCCACCUACAUCGCCACGCGGCAGAGAUUCUAGAAAGAGUCCGCUCGGCCGCAAUCUCCCAUGAGCACUCUCUAAGCGAACAGCGGAGUCAACAGCAACUCUUCAAAACGGAACCCACCCGUGAUAAAGAGCGGAUGACCAUGUAUGGUGACGAAUACAAGAACGGAACCAGCGUGAACGGCAGCAACACCCACACUAUGAACAGCAGCAUCAGCCUCGAAAAGAAGCGCAGGAAAGCUGCCCCACCUGGACGCUGUCAUAGCUGCAAUCGCGCUGAAACACCAGAAUGGCGGAGGGGACCCGAUGGUGCCCGAACACUCUGCAACGCAUGUGGUCUACACUAUGCCAAACUCACCCGCAAGGCGGGACUGAACAAAACAACCUCCUCCUCAUCUUCAGCACCAACAUCUCAAAUGGCCAUGGCCGCAAACAAUAUCAGGCCCAGAGGUGGCGUCGGUCCACGAUCGCCCCCUAUUCAGUCCUGA